ACAGUUAUGCUCUCAAAUAUUACCUUAAACAGAGCCCCAGGCGCCGCUCCAUCUCUCGCCGGCGAAUCGUAACGGUCAUUUUCGCUGCUCACUUUUUUCUCUGAAACAUUGAAAGAGAAAUUGAAAUUUAUACCUGGCACUCCUUGCAUGAAUCACUCCCACUCGCUAAAAAUUAUCUCCGACUGCGCAGAAUCUGUGGGCUUGGGUUUUGGCUUCGGGAUUAUAUGGUUUUUCUGUUGGUAAUUUGUAUACAGAAAAUUAGGGUUUUUAAGGAAUGAAAUUGAAGGAGGAUAUAUGAGUUGAAUUUUGACGAUGGUGGUUUCUACUGCGAUAAACUCCAAAACGACUUCACAGAACCCUAAGAGACCGCCUCUUCUACCGUCCGACCCCGACAAUGCUCUCGCUCCUCGACGUCCUAAAUCGCGGGAGGUUACGUCUCGCUACAUGUCCUCUUCGUCUUCCUCAUCGUCAGCCAAACAAUCAAGUAAGCGGAGCGCAUCGCCGGUUCCGAGGACUGCGUCUUCAACGGCGGCUAUGAUGACGCCGGUUCCCUCCCCGAUCAAAUGUUCACAGUCCGUUGAGCGAAAGCGGCCCGCCACGCCGAGGCCGAACUCUCCAGAUGUGAGAAUUGGAAGUGGUGGUGAACUCUCCAAUGCGCAGAAGAUGCUACUGAAUUCGACGCGGCGCUUGUCGGUGUCCUUUCAGGGGAGCUCGUUUUCUGUCCAGGUUAGUAAAGUGAAGCCUGCGCCAUCACCAUUGCCGAUUAGCAGCAUGAGAAAGGGGACGCCGGAGAGGACAAAGGUUGUUGCAUCGGCUACUACGCCAGCAAAAGGAAGGGAUCUGGUGGAGAAUUCGCGGCCGGUGGAGCAGCAACGGUGGCCUGGGAGGUUGCGGCAAGUGAAUUCUGUGAAUAGGAGCGUGGAUUGCACUGAUGAAAGGAGGAGUAUGGAUCGAUCUAGAGUAAAUGUGGUUAAGGCAUUGCAACAUUCUAUGGUGGAUGAUAGGGCCUCGUCUGAUGGAAGAUUGAGCUCGAAUUCGAGCUGUGCGGAGCAUGAUAAACCAGUUGAGCUAACAAUUGAGGCCAAUUCAAGUACUGGAACUGAUGCGCACUGUGAUCCUGCAGCUUCGGAUACCGAGAGUGUGUCUUCUGGCAGUACUUCAGGGACACAUGACAGCAACAACUGUACUCGAAAUACUAUUCGUGGCUCGCGUGGGAUGCCUGGUUCCCCGUUGUCUAAUUAUAUUGGGCUGAAAGCAUCUGGUGCACUGCCGAAGCUUAUUGCCCCGAGAAAGUUUUCAGCCAACAGUCCUAUGUCGUCUCCUAAGGGAGUAGUGAAUAACAGGGGCCAAUCUUCUCCUAUUCGUGAUGGCAUGGUUAGGCCUGCAUCACCCAGUAAGUUUGGGACCUCAACCUCGUCGCCUUCAGGAGGAAUGAGCCCGACACGGGCUAGGAGUGUACUAGCUGGAAUAAUGAGUAGUACUCUUAAUACACCCUCCAUUUUGGGUUUUGCUGUGGAUUUUAGAAAAGGAAAGAUUGGGGAGAAUCGGAUUGUUGAGGCGCAUAUGUUGAGGAUUUUCUACAACCGGUUGCUACAGUGGCGUUUCGUAAAUGCUCGAGCUGAUAUUGUCCUGUCAGCUCAAAGGUUAAAUGCAGAGAAAAGCCUGUACAAUGUGUUGGUUGCGACAUGGAAACUGCGUGAAUCUGUGAGAGCCAAAAGAAAUGAGUUACUUUUUCUGAGACAAAAAUUGAAGCUAAUCUCCAUCCUUAAGGGGCAAAUGAAAUAUCUAGAAGAAUGGAUGGCUAUAGAUGCAGAUUAUUCCAAUUCUUUGUCAGGGGCUAUUGAAGCUUUGAGGGCUAGCACUCUCCGUUUGCCAGUCAUUGGUGGGGCAAGAGCAGAUAUCCAGAAUGUGAAGGAUGCUAUUUCUUCUACUGUUGAUGUGAUGCAAGCAAUGGCAUCUUCAAUAUGCUUGCAGUUAACAAAGGUUGGGGAUGUGAACUCUCUGGUGGCUGAACUUGCAAAUACAGUUGCCAAGGAGCGCGCUUUGCUUAGUCAAUGCAAGGAUCUCCUCUCGACAAUUGUAGCAAUGCAGGUAAAAGAAUGUAGCCUAAGAACACAUAUUUUGCAGCAAAAAUGUCUACCUUCAAGCCUUACAACAAGAGUGUAAAGAUUAUCUGACUGCCUUCCCUAAAUGCUAACAUUGCACUGGUGUCUUUGCUUCGAAUUCAAGAAACCGAGGCUGAUAUACUCUCAAAUGGUUGGUUGUUGCAAAAAGCAGGAGCUAUCAUUCAUUCUACAUUGGUAAUACAAAAUUCAAAUUCUUGUUUUCUGUUUGCAUGCAUAAGUGGUUGAUAGUUUACUUUAUCAAGCUCACAUUAGGUAUACAGGAUGUGCAUUUCCAUAGGCUAGAUGAAAGUGCUGUAAAUAUGUGUAUUGAUUCCUUCAAUUCAAUAUUGUCUUUAGUCAAUUGUUCUUAUAAUACAAAUUCUCAUUAGUCUGUCA